GGCAGGCAUACGCGACAUUACACCGUGUUUUCACACUGCUUUUCGCUUUCGCCCUGCCCUUUUUCCGGCAAACAGAAUCUUCCACGGAAUUCGUGCAUUCAAACGGGACGGCUAGUCGUUGUUAUCAACACUCCUUUAGCGUUGUGGAAUACAAUCCAGGUCGACCUCGGAUACAAAAGACGCCUUCACUCCCAGUCUUCAGAACACCGACUAAGUGGACAAUUGUUCAUAUCAUCAACUAGCUCUUCUACCCAGUCAACAUUCUGCAACUAUUUCACAAUGCCGGCAAGCCCGCACCCAUUUGAUCCGCUUGUGCCGAAAGAGAUCGAAAAGGCCGCUCAAGUAGUGCGAUCAAAGUUCGCAGGGCAAGACAUCAACUUCAGAGUCAUUACAUUGAAAGAACCUCCGAAAGAAGAAAUGAUCAAAUUCCUCGACCUAGAACAUGCUAAGCAGCCUUUUCACAACAUCCCAGCGAGAAUUGCUCGAGUCGAAAUUGUAACCAAGACUACUUCCGGUGCAAGUGCACUGUUUGAACUUCAUAUCGACCUUGGCCAUGGAUCUAUCAGCAAGCAGCAAUUACUAGAAGGAAAGCAUUCCUACAUCGACUCCUCCUACAUGAAUGACGUAGAGAAGGCCUGCAUGGCCAACCAAGAGAUACAGGAUGAAAUCAAGAAGCUCGACCUUCCUGCUGGUGCCUCAGUCAUCGUUGAACCCUGGGCAUAUGCUACGGAUGGAAUGAACGAUAUGUCCAAGCGCAUCACUAUGUGUUGGUUUUACCUUCGACUCGUUGAGCAUCAAGAUGCAAAUUACUAUGCAUACCCGAUAGAGAUCUGCGCAGAAGUAUCAGAAGAGCUGCAGGUCACUAGAGUUUAUAAACUUCCGUGCUCACCUGACGAGAGAAUCCACACUGAGUCACGCCCUUUCGAUCGACGGAAGAUCCAUUCUACAACAUCAAGCGAAUAUCAUCCGGAUCUUAGGCCUAGCCCCAGAACGACAACCAAGCCGUAUCGGGUUAUCCAACCAGAUGGGCCGUCCUUCAAAACUCGAGGAAAUCUUGUCGAAUGGGAGAAGUGGUCAUUCAGGGUUGGUUUCAACUAUCGCGAAGGCCUCACUCUUCAUGAUAUUCGUUACGAUGAUCGGAGUUUAUUCUAUCGCCUUUCCCUGGCUGAGAUGUUUGUGCCAUAUGGUGAUCCCAGGGUGCCCUACCCGAGAAAGGCAGCCUUCGAUCUUGGUAAUGAUGGUGCAGGGCUGAAUGCGAACAAUUUGAAACUUGGCUGUGAUUGUCUAGGUACCAUCAAAUAUUUCGAUGGUUGGCAUAAUACCAAGUCCGGCGAGCCAUUGAAGUUGCCGAAUGUCAUCUGCUGCCAUGAGCAAGAUGACGGGAUUCUGUGGAAACACACCAACUUCCGCACCGGGAAUGCUGUAGUAACGCGGUCUCGAAUACUGGUGCUGCAGACCAUAAUCACAGUCAGCAACUACGAAUACAUAUUCGCGUUCCAUUUCGGACAAGACGCUUCCAUCUCUUAUGAGGUGCGCGCCACCGGCAUCCUUUCAACGGUUCCUAUGGACUUUGACGAAAAGGCAACCAUACCCUAUGGGACGAGAGUCGCUCCAGGUGUACUUGCACCUUACCACCAGCACAUCUUCUGUCUUCGCAUCGAUCCGUCGAUAGAUGGCCAGAAGAACUCAGUCGUUAUAGAGGAGUCGGAACCAAUGCCCUUCGGAGACCCCAACGUGCAUAAUCCCUUCGGUGUGGGGUACCAAACGAAGAGCAAGUACGUCGCACACGAGGGUGGGUUCGAUCUUGACUUCACCAAGAAUCGAACAUUCAAAUUCGUGAAUGAGGACAAAAUUAAUCCGAUCACGAACACGCCAGUGGGAUUCAAACUUAUGCCAUUCUACAGCCAGAUGCUGCUAGCGAACAAGGACUCUUUCCAUGCAAAGCGCUCUGAAUACGGCCAGCACGCGGUGUGGGUGACGAAGUACAGGGAAGACGAGUUCUUUCCUUCGGGGAAAUACACAAUGCAAUCCAUGGGUGGGGAGGGCAUUGCAUCCGCCAUCAAACACCGGGCCGCAUCUGGGAAGGCACCUUCGGUUAGGAACGAAGAUGUUGUCAUCUGGCACUCGUUCGGUUCAACCCAUAACCCAAGGAUUGAGGAUUGGCCGGUCAUGCCCAGCGAGAAGAUGAUGGUGGCGCUGAAGCCCGUGAAUUUCUUCCUGGGUAAUCCGGGUCUGGAUAUUGCGGCUUCGACACAGGAAGAUAACAAGAGCGUGCUGUACACUGAAGGGUCGGAGGUUCCGAAAUGCGCUGCUUCGCGACUGUGAAUUGUGUCAAUCUAGAGAAAGAUGCAUGACAUUGAUGAGAGAGCAAGUUUGCGCAAAUGAUUCAGUCUUAUUCAUAUGAUUUCUUGUCAUAUAUACCGCAUAUUGACCCA